GUCGGGAGAGGUUGUUGAUAUAUUCUUAACCUUUAGAGGUACCCUUUAAUAAGAUGCUUUUGGUACUCUUUUAUGUCAAACGAUAAUCUUGUUGAUAUGUUUAUAUUUUCAUCCUUUUUUUUAGGAUUCUGUAGCUAUUUAGUGAGUUUAAAGACGUUAGAUGGGAAUUGUGUUGGAGAUAAUGAUGCUACUUUCCACACUGCACCUAGUAUAAAUGGUAGUUGUUGUCAUGCCAACGGUACUAAUGUGCUCUUCUACUACGCUGGGUUUAAAUUAAAGAAUGAUAUGGGAAAAUAUCUUGAUGUUAACGGAUAUCGAGAAAAGCUUGAAUGGAAAGGAUGGAGUAUGCACACUUUUGUAGUUUUGAGUAAUUUAAACAAGAAACUGAAAUGGUAUAAUACAAAUUUCUGUUUACAUAUGGAUACCAACUUCACACUUGUGCAAUGUGAUUCUGCUAAUAUUCUCCUUGAGGACUGUUUUUCACAUUCUUUUUCUACCUAUGUUGCACAAACCUCCAAAAAUCUUGGUAUCUCUGCUAUUUAUUCUAAUCUUCCUACAAGUGAUGGUGUAAACUGUCUAUCAUUUGAUUUAAAUGGUGUUGUCAAUACCAAACAAGAACAUCUGCCAGAGCAAUGUUGCGCAUACACAACAAAUAUACUUACAUAUGAUAAUUACAUGACGUUUAAGUCUUUAAGAACGGAAGCUUUUUUGGGUAUCAAUUUUCAAAAUAUGCCAUGGACUAUAGAGAAUAUAGAAAAAACAAACGCACUAGAAAACAGUGAAGAAGAAGUGAAAAACUAUUUUUUCAUCAGUUCCAAGGGUGAUGUUAAGCCUCAUCAGUUGCCAUUUUGCUUGGAAUAUAAUUCAACAUCCGAAAAAGUUCAAGUUUUGAAAGCAUGUCAGAAUUCUUUAAAAUUUCAAUCAUGUGAACCAGAAGUUUUAUACCCAAGUAUAUCAACAUGGUAUGUUUCCACCACAAGCUGGUAUACAACGAUAUAUGAACCACACAAGUGGCAAGAUGCUAGAUCUAUGUGUCAGAUGCUAGAUGCAGAGCUCGCAAGUGUUGAGCAUUUUCUAGAGUUCAACAAAAUAAAUCAAGUGAUCAAGGCUAACAAUUUUGUAUACUGGGUUGGACUAGAACUAAAUAUUAGUGCAACGUGGUCUUGGACAGAUUCAUCACUAUUGAUCACUGAAUAUUUGCCUGUGGGUUCAUUUGGUUCCUGUGGAGCAUACGAAACUCCUGGAGACAGUUUUAUAUCAAAAAACUGUGAUUUAAAUUUGCCUUUCAUAUGUAAGAAGAGUGGAAGCACUUUUUACCAUGAUUUUAAUUCUUGUAAUGAGGCACAAGGCUGGAAGCAAUUUAACAAUCACUGUUAUAAAGAAAUGAAAGAACUCUUGACCUGGAGUGAUUCUCAAAUGAUUUGUGAAAUGAUAGGAGGUAGUUUGGUUGUUAUAAAAAAUGCAUGCGAGGAUGAAUUUAUAAACACGAUGCUUAACUCAUCUAAAGAGUAUUGGAUUGGGUUGUCGAAAAACUUUACAGACGGUGGUUAUUUAACAACUUGGGUGGAUGGAACAAAUAUCAGCUACUCUAAUUUUGCUGUUCCAAAAAGGUUGCUAACUUACAAUAACUUUAAUUUCUAUGUUAAUCACACUGGUUACUGGUUUGAGCAAAUACAAGACCGUACUACGAAAAAAUCAUUUGUUUGUCAAAAAACAAUUCCCCAUUACAAGUUAUAUACAACUCCAUCAACAUGGGAUCAAGCAAAAGCAACUUGCGAAAGACAUGACAGUCACCUAAUAUCUAUCUUAAAUGCAGAUGAAAAUCUUUUUAUUCACCGUCUUACUGCAGGCUAUGAUAGUAAUUUUUUCUGGACUGGAGGAUUUAGACAAAGUAGUGCAGAGGAAUAUACUUGGCUUAAUGGAAAAAACAUGACUUACGAGAAUUGGUAUUUUAAAUCUUCAUAUACUCCACGUUGUGUAUUAUAUGUAAGAAGUGUUAGUAGAUGGCGUACAGAAGUAUGUAGUCAAAAAGCUCCUUUUAUAUGUGCAGCUGGUGGUUAUGUUUUAUUCAUUUUUAAAUAGGUUCAAAUCGAACAGUAUCUGAUUCUCUUGCAAGUCUACCGAACUCGUCAGACACUGCUGCAUUUGAGUGGAAGAUCAGUCCAAAAAAUCAGCAUUACCUUUAUGUAAAUGUUGGAUUAACAUGGAGUGAAGCUAAAAGAUUAUGCAAUG